GAGGAUAAGAACUCCGUGUCCCAGCGACCUGGCUGUGGAUUGCAGCUGCCGCUCAACCGUCACGAUGGAGCUCCUGCGCCUUCUCUUAGAGCACCCAUAUGUCGUUGCUACAGUCGCCACGUUGUUCUAUAUAGCCCUGACUGCGAUAUACCGUCUUUACCUGUCCCCCAUAGCCCACUUCCCCGGGCCUCGCCUCGCCGCCUUGACCACGGCGUACGAGUUCUACUGGGAGGCCAUUCGCAAUGGACGCUACACCUUUCAUAUUGGCGACUUGCACAAAGAAUAUGGCCCUAUUGUCCGCAUCAGCCCGACCGAACUGCACGUCAACGACCCGGACUACUACGAAGUCAUCUACUCGCGCGACAGUCCUCGCAACAAGUACCCCUACUUCCAACGCGCCCUGAAUGCGCAAAGCGCCUUGCUAAAUACCGAAGAUCACUAUCACCACCGCCUGCUCCGCUCGCAGCUGAACCCAUUCUUCUCCAUCACGCGCAUCCGCCAGCUCGAACCGGCACUAAAGAAACUCGUCGAGAAGCUCUGCCGCAGACUAGAAGAGUUUAAGAACACUGGCUCUCCUGUUAGCAUCGAGCACGCACUUACGUGUUACGCGACCGAUGCCAUCACUGAUUACACCAUGGGCGAAGGGUACCACUACCUCGACGAGCCGGACUUCAUCCCCGCGUGGUGCCAUAUGAUCAGAGGCGCUGGAAAGACGAUGACAUACUUUCGCCCGAUCGGCUUCCUGGUGCCUCUGUUCGUUGCACUUCCUGACUCUGUUACUGCGUGGAUGAACCCUGGCAUGGAGCUGUUCUUCGCGUUUCAGCGCCGCUGCCAGCAAAUGAUCGCCGAUAUCUCAAAGGAAUUCUACGAAGGUGGACCACGGGAUGCCAAAGAGGGGCCUCAGAAUAUAUUCGAAAAUAUCCUCGCUAGCAAACUACCAGAAACAGCAAAGAACAAGACUAGACUGUGGCAGGAUAUGCAGAUUUUUGUGGCCGCUGGCGCGGAAACUACGGCCAAGGCGAUGUGCUAUAUAAUGUUCUAUUUACAUCACCACCCGGACAUAUUGCAGAAAUUGAAGGACGAACUGACUCCGUUGGGUGAUGAUCCGAGUCUUCUUCAGCUCGAGCAGCUUCCGUAUCUUACUAGCAUCAUGCUCGAGGGGAUCAGGUUAUCAUACGGUGUUACUGCGCGUCUCCCUCGCAUCGCCCCGUAUAACACUCUCAAGUACAAGGACUGGACCAUUCCGCCGGGGACUCCAAUAAGCAUGAGCUGCCUGUUAAUGCACCAUGACGAGUCCAUCUUCCCCGACUCUUACACCUUCAAGCCAGAGCGCUGGGAAGAUCCUGCCGAGCGAAAACGAUUGGAAAAGUACCUGGUAGCGUUUUCAAAAGGAUCGCGCCAGUGUAUUGGCAUGCAUCUUGCCCGCUCGGAAAUCCUCCUCGUUAUCUCGAGCUUGAUCCGUCGCUUCAGGUUUGAACUGUUUGAGACGACUAUGGAGGAUGUUCGGGUUGUUCACGAUAUCUUUAUUCCGUCUGCUCGGAUGGAUAGUAAGGGUGUACGUGUUCUGGUCAAGGAUUAGCCUGCUGUGGUAUAUCCCGGAAACUCGCUAUGACCAGCCAAGGGCUUCUAUAUAAAUAAUAUAAAAUUACUAUACUAUAUUGCAG